AUGGUCAUUCAUUGUGCCGAGUGUAAAAGGAAAAGUGUCUUUAUAGAUAAUACCGGGCAGGCUGCCGAGUUUUGUUCUAAUCAAUGUCGAAGAACUGCCGUAGAAAAACGUCAUGUUCAAGCAUGUAUUAAAUGCCGUAUUAUGCCUAUGAUAAGGUUGCAAGACGGUUCAAGGUCCCCUUUUUGUAGUAAAAAAUGUCAGAAUUCAAUAGGUGGAAACUCACCUAUUACUAUUAGACCUCCUCCUUUACCUUCUAUUCCAUUGCAACCGCCACAACCUUAUCGACCUGCCACCUACUCGGUGCCGCCAUUGAAUCAUCCUAAUCCUUCUAUUGGAAUGCCUUCACAAUCUUCAAUGCCCAUUUUACCAAUUGGAAAUGCGAGACCAAUCGGAGACAAAUGGGUUAUGGCGACAGUACCAUUUUGUCGUUAUUGUAAGGUCAACCCUUGUUGGAAAGAUCAAGCUAAACUAUCUUAUUCAUCUUACUGUACACGAAGGUGUAAAGAUGCUGCUGAACAAGCUCCUCUAGUUGUCACAAAUUUAAAUAGUGUGCCUUUUACAUCCCAAUCAAGUUACAAUGGACAAAUAUUAUCUCCGACUACUUACAACGGGAUAUUAACAUCAUCAAACUUGCCUCAAUAUUUACCAUACCAACAAAAUAAUAUUCAGCAACCACAAUAUCAAUUAAACAAUAUACAACCGCAGCAACCACCUUUGCCGAAUUUACAACAGUUUCCGAAUUCACAGAAUAUCAUUCCACAGUCACAUUUGCCUCACAAUUCAUCAAAUAACAUACAUCUACCACGACAAGUUCCAAGUUUACCAAAUAACGUACAAUAUCAGCAACAGACUCAAAAACCAUUAAUUAAAUCACAAAGGUCUUCACAUUCAUCACUUAAUGAAAAUCUUUCGCAGCCUGUGAUUGAUGAUCCUCGUUAUCACACGCAAAACGAACAUGUUCCGCAGCCUGUAAUCGAUAAUCCUCUAUAUCCAAUUCCACAAGCUAAAAUAAAUUAUCAACAUAGCGAUGAUUCGCAAGACGAAAGUUCUCAAAGUUCGCUAGCGAGUAGUGGUCGUAUACUUUAUCCUGUUGUGGACAAUACAAUGUCAAAUUUUCAAUCUUCAGACAAUCAAACACCACCACCACCGCCUAUUCCUACUAAUAAACCAAUCAUCCAAGUUCCACAACAUCAACAACACAUCAGCCCGAUACCAAUUAAUAUUACAAUUAAUACUUCCCAACCGAUACAAUCAUCCCAACCGAUAUAUUCAUCCUCAUCAUCUCAAAACUCAACAGAAAAUCAUUCUUUUUCACCUACAUCACAUCAAAAACCGGAAGCUCAAACUCCCUCUCAGGAACAAAAAAUAUCCCAAUCUCAAGUGCAAGUCAGUCAAUCCAACAUAUCUCAAUCUCAACUGCAGGUUCAAGAACAAAAUCUUCCCGAACUUCAAGUUCAAUCUCAGGUUCAGGAACAAAAUCAACCUCUAUCGCAAGAGCAGGGGCAUUCAAGUGGAUCAGAAGAAAUUAAUGAUAAUUUUGCGAUUAAUCCUUAUAGUCAUGAAGAUAACCCCCCACCAUACACACCAAAUGAUGCAUACACAGGCAAUGCCGCUCCAGGCGAAGACAUUUCAAUUCGUAAAGUUACUAGAGAUGAUUCUUUUGACGAAACGAAUCCUUAUGGAUUUAGAAAUAAUGCAAAUGGCAAUGAUUCAAAUAACCGGGAUGAAAGUAAUCAAUCUAAUAAUGACCGAGAACAACAACCUCAGCGCGAUACCUCUCGGCGAAAAUAG